UUUGAGAACCCCUUUAUUCGAAGCGUUGUUGUGAAUCCAAUAUGGCGUUAUCUGAUGUUUUAAUAUUUUGAAGAAGUGUAUAAGUUUUAGUACAAAUGGGAGUGAAAUAAACAAAUAAGCCGGUGCAUAGGAUUAGCGCCCGAAUAUCUGAUUGAUUUUUUGAGUAUAAUAGUUAAUUUAAGAGUUGACUAACAUGACAGACACAAGACGAAGAGUCAAACUUUACGCUCUGAAUGCAGAUCGACAGUGGGAUGACAGAGGAACAGGCCAUGUGUCGUCGUGCUAUGUAGAAAGGCUAAAAGGUACCUCAUUGCUGGUCAGGGCAGAGUCAGACGGUACACUUUUGCUAGAAAGCAAAAUACAACCCGACACAGCCUAUCAGAAACAGCAAGAUACAUUAAUAGUGUGGUCUGAAGGUGACAAUUUUGAUUUAGCAUUAAGUUUUCAAGAAAAAGCUGGCUGCGAUGAGAUAUGGGAGAAAAUUUGUCAGGUACAAGGCAAAGACCCUUCAGUUGAAAUAACACAGGACAUUGUAGAGGAGUCUGAAGAUGAGCGAUUUGAUGAAAUGUCAGACAGUGUCCAGCCAGUGGAGCUCCCUGCGUGUGAAAUGGGACGACUAGAGGACAUAAGUGAACUAGUGAACAGCUGUCUCGUUUCACCAAACAGGAAAGACAAGUUAGCUGCAGCUUUAGAAAGCCAGCACUAUAUUAAGAAACUUCUAAACCUCUUCCAUAUGUGUGAGGAUAUAGAAAACGUUGAGGGUCUACACCAUCUCUACGAGAUAUUCAAAAGUAUAUUCCUCUUGAACAAAAACACACUAUUUGAUACAAUGUUUGCAGAUGACACGAUUUUUGACGUUGUUGGCUGUCUAGAAUAUGACCCCAGUUUACCCCAGCCCAAAAAGCACAGAGAGUAUCUUAGGGAGCUAGCGAAAUUCAGAGAGGCUAUUCCCAUAAAGAAUAAAGAUUUGCUCGCUAAAAUACACCAGACAUACAGAGUACAAUAUAUACAGGAGAUUGUUUUACCGACCCCCACAGUUUUUGAAGACAAUUUGCUAAGCACAUUGUCAAGUUUUAUAUUUUUUAAUAAAGUAGAAAUAGUGAAACUUAUAGAGGAGGAUGAUAAAUUUCUAACGGAUCUAUUCAAAAUGUUAAUGGAUGACAAAACUGGUGACACAAAGAGGAGGGAUUUAGUUCUAUUUUUGAAAGAAUUUUGUAAUUUUUCACAAAAUCUACAACCACAAGACAAAGAUGCAUUUUAUAAGACGCUAGUUUCACUGAGAAUCCUGCCAGCACUAGAGAUAACACUAAGUAUAGAUGAUCAAAAAACUAAGACUGCAUCUAUAGAUAUUUUGACGUACAUUGUUGAGUUUUCACCGUCAGUAGUCAGAGACUAUACAUUACAGCAAGCUAACAAUACAGAAGAGGAACAAAUGUUAUUAAAUAUAGUCAUAGAACAGAUGCUCAGGGACCAGGACCCUGAGUUAGGCGGUGCAGUCCAGUUGAUGGGUGUUCUACGUAUCCUUCUAGACCCAGAGAGUAUGCUCGCAUCAGUAAAUAAAAGUGAAAAGGCAGACUUCCUCAACUUCUUCUACAAACAUAGCAUACAAACUUUAAUAGCACCCUUACUGGACAACACAAGUGGGGAAAAGCCAUUGAAAGAGGACUAUCACACAGUGCAACUGCUGGGCCUGGUGCUCGAACUAUUGUCAUUCUGCGUAGAACAUCACACCUACCAUAUCAAAACUUGCAUAUUAAAUAAGGACCUCCUCCGUCGCAUCCUAGUGUUGAUGAGAUCAACGCACACGUUCUUAGUGCUCGGCGCGUUGAGGUUUAUGAGGAAAAUUAUUGCACUGAAAGACGAAUAUUACAACAGAUACAUUAUAAAGGGGAACCUUUUUGCACCAGUCAUAGACGCUUUCCUUAGAAAUAAUGGCAGGUAUAAUUUAUUAGAUUCUGCUAUCCUAGAAUUAUUUGAGUUUAUUAAGUUGGAAGACAUAAAAUCACUGUGUUCACACGUCGUGGAGAACUACGGCAAGAUCCUUGAGGAUGUUGAAUAUGUACAAACUUUUAAGGCUUUAAAGACGCGAUACGAUCAGCACCAGGACAAGUUAAAAGAAAGGGAUAGGGUAAGCGGCAGCGUGGCGGUCGCGGAGGCGGUGGUGCCAUCUCUGCUCCGCACGCGGUACCGGCGCGAGGCGCGGCAGCCCGACGAGGAGGAGGAGAUGUGGUUCAACGACGACGACGAGCUGGAGGACGACGCGCCGCUCGACUCGGCGCAGCCGCACGCGCACACGCACGCGCACCACGCGCUAGACGCUAUAGGAAAAAUAGUGGAAAAGAAGGUGUGCUCUAGCGCCGACGCGGUGAACGGGCCCCGCGUACUGCUGGGCGCGGCCAAACCGCCUCACACCGACGCUCAGGUAUCCGCGCCCAGUUUACUCAAUAAGGGUCUGGUGGAUUACGACGGCGACUCCGAUGAGGAGGAAGACGGCGGCGCGUCCAGCGGCAGCUCGAGCGGCGCCAGUUCUACGGACGAGCGCGACGCGAAGCGGCCGCGGCUCGCGUAGUGACCGACCAUUCCACCCCUGGACCUUUCAAGGAAUAUAAACCCCAGUCUCGCCCCCACUGUGCAUCGGAGUGCCGUGAGGAUUGGGUAUUUGACAAUUUUUUUUUUUUUUAAUUUUUAAUUGUACAUAAUAUAUUAAAAUUAUGCUAAUAGUAGAGCAAUUUUGUAGAAGUUACUGUGUAUCUGCGGUGAAUACUUUGAAAUACGGCGACGUGUUUGCGUCGCACUUAUGACGUCACGCGCUCGUAAAAUUGUUAGAUUUGUAUGGGCGUCCAAACAAGAUUACAAAUGUCUUCGGUAUUUGUGCGUUUGUGUUAAGGAAGCUAUAAAUAUAUGAUUUUUCAUUUAAUUACAGUAAAGGGUUUACGAUUGUUAGUGAAAUAUUUUAACCUUUUUUUUCCCGACAUUCUUCGUUUUUAUGUAUUAGUUUCAUAAAAAUCAAUAUAUUCAAAGGUAGUCAAAUACCCAAUUGACCAUACUAUUUGAUAAGAUGAAACGGAUGCAGACGUCUGUCUGUCCUGUAAUUAUUUAUUGUAUUGAAUAUAUUAUUAUGUGUAUUUUUCUCACUAAACGUCAUUGAGGAGCA